AUCAAAAGCGGCGUAACGGCGUACUACAACAUAUCAGCUUUGGACUCUGUUGCAGUUGUCAGUGGUCUCUUCAAGUUGUCCUUUGAAAUUUUGAAAAAUGGCAGCACGUCGCGUUGCUCAAUCCUCCAUUAACUGGGCUGCUUUGGCCGAGCGUGUCCCUCCAAACCAAAAAGCCAACUUCGCUGCUUUCAAAUCCAAGUCGGAUGUUUACAUGCGCGCUGUUUUGGCCAAUCCAGAAAACCCACCAAAAAUCGAUUGGGCUCACUACAAGAAGUUGAUCCCCAUUCCCGGCUUAGUUGACAGCUUCCAAAAGCAAUACGAAGCCGUCAAGGUUCCCUACCCAGCUGACAAUGUCUCAGCCCAGGUUGAUGCUCAGGCCAAAGAAACCAAAUCGGAAAUUGAUAACUUCAAGAAGACCUCUGAUCAACGCAUCGCCCAAUUGCAAAAGGAAAUGAACCAUUUGAAAUCCUUGUUGCCAUUCGAUCAAAUGACCAUGGAAGAUUACCGCGAUGCAUUCCCCGAUUUGGCUUUGGAUUCCGUCAAUCGUCCCACAUUCUGGCCCCACACCCCAGAGGACCAAGUUGGCUAUGUCUCCAAGGAAAUGGAAGCUGCCAGAGCCGCCCAUGAUCAUUAACUUCAGCUUCGGCCAGUUUUUAUCAAGUACUAAUGCAAACAUGGGUGUAGAUUUUAAGUUCUAUUGUUUCGAUUUAGAGAGGAAAUUGCUGCUCGUAUAAUUUUUAAAAUUGAAAAAGUGAUAUACUCUCUAUGUUUAGGAAAAUAUUCGAUUUUUUGAUGAGAUGUAAUUGAAUCUACGAUAAUAUAACAUCCAAAAUAAAAUAACUCAAAACUCUA